CUGUUUCGUGUGAUGACGUUUUAAUAAUACAGGUUCUUCACAUACUUGCGAACCAAACAAAACGAAAGUAACCUCCUGGAAACAUCACACAUGUAAGUUGUGUUGUGAUCAAGCUGCUAUAUUGUUCGAAGUUUUGCUUUGUAUAACAGAGCUAACAUGUCGGGAAAGCAAGCAAAAUCAUUCACGAAGGAAGAAGAAUUACUUUUACAAGAUUUCAGCAGGAAUGUGUCCACAAAAUCGUCUGCUUUAUUUUACGGAAACGCUUUCAUCGUGUCUGCCAUACCAAUAUGGCUCUUUUGGAGGAUACAUAUGAUUGACCUAUAUUCUUCACUCAUUUCAUUUAUUGUGGUUACGCUUGUGAGCACAUACUUGGUUGCUCUGGCGUAUAAGAACACGAAAUUUGUUCUGAAACAUAAGGUGGCUGUGAAAAGGGAAGAUGCUGUCAACCGAGAAAUGUCGAGGAAACUCUCGGAGGACAAGAAAAUGAGCAAGAAGGAAAAGGAUGAGAGAAUCCUGUGGAAGAAGAAUGAAGUAGCUGAUUUCGAGGCCACAACCUUCUCCAUCUUCUACAACAACGCAUUGUUUCUGGCGCUGGUCAUCUUUUCCAGCUUCUACGUUCUUAAGGCGUUCACACCUGCCGUGUAUCCUUUGUGGCAGGAAUGUACGCAUGUUCACUUAAUGUGCGGUUUCAGUGUUUGUCUCAGCGUGUCCACAGAUCAGGAAAGUCACGAAAAUGUAAUUGGAGGACUGAUCCCGAACAGUAAUAAAGCUGGACGUUGAAAAUUAAAUUUUAAACAGCUGUUCGCUAACAUGCGUUUCGUGUUUCGACACCUUGCUUUGGUUUAUGAACACACAUAAAAUAAAAUAAAAAUCAUGUGGAAAUUAUCUUUGAAAAGGCUUUUAGCUUUCUAACUAAACCUUUUUAGUUUGAAAUUGAAAUAACUCCAACCCGAACAGGUUCAUAAUACAUGCAACAAGUUGCAUAGUUAGACAUAUUCCAGUGAAAUAUUUCAAAGUGCGGAGAAAUCGUGGUAAUAGUUAGGGUUGUAGUUUACUAUUUGCAGUGACGAUUGUGAUGACGUUCCACACAACCUAAAUUACCGUAUUCACUCGCGUAAUGUCCGCCCUCGCAUAAUGUCCGCACCCUUUAUUUAUAUAUCCUUAAAAGAAAAAAUUAAAAA